AUGGCGACCUCCGAACACCAAGUGCCGGGCGAGGAAUAUGACUACGAAGCCCUCCCUUCAAACUAUGGCCUCGGCCGGAAUAUGUUAGCCGGUGCUUUCGCCGGUAUUGCAGAACACUCCGUUAUGUAUCCGGUGGAUUUGCUCAAGACUCGCAUGCAAGUCUUGCAUCCCACAACUGGAGGACUCUACACAGGGUUGACACAUGCGGUCUCCACGAUAUACCGCAUUGAAGGGUGGCGAACACUAUGGAAGGGCGUUUCGAGCGUGAUUGUCGGUGCUGGCCCUGCACACGCCGUUUAUUUCGGUACAUACGAGGCCGUCAAGGAGAUGGCUGGUGGAAAUGUGGACGACGGACACCAUCCAUUGGCAGCUGCUACGAGUGGUGCGGCAGCGACUAUUGCUAGUGAUGCCCUGAUGAACCCGUUUGACGUGAUCAAACAACGAAUGCAAGUCCAUGGCUCCAUACACAAGACAAUCUUCCAAUGCGCGAAGUCCGUCUACAAGACGGAAGGUUUCCAUGCCUUCUAUGUCUCCUACCCUACCACGCUCUGCAUGACCGUACCAUUCACCGCCGCCCAAUUCGUCGCCUACGAAUCCAUUUCUAAAGUCAUGAACCCCUCUCUGGAUUAUGAUCCCUUUACACAUUGUAUUGCUGGUGGUUUGGCCGGUGCGAUCGCCGCUGGUAUCACAACACCACUUGACGUGGUGAAGACUGUUCUGCAGACCCGUGGUCUUGCACAGAAUGAGGAGAUCCGUUCGGUUAAGGGACUCUUCGGCGCGGCAUCCGUCAUUAAGCGCCAGUUCGGUUGGAAGGGAUUCCUGCGCGGUGCUCGUCCCCGCAUCAUCUCAACGAUGCCUAGCACUGCUAUUUGCUGGACCUCGUAUGAAAUGGCCAAGGCCUAUUUCAAGCGCCAGGCAGAUUAG